UCACGAGUGCAGGAAUGGCGGCGCCGUCUGUCUGUGUGAGGGAGGGAGCCUGAAGAGCCAGAAAACUUUACUCCACAGCACACACUCACGCUCUGCGGGUCGAGGAGGGCACACACCGCACCGUUUCAGCCGCCGAGGACAGAGUUAAACCUCACGCAGAGCUCUGGCGAGGCUGAGCGUGAAGUCCGGCUGCGGGUUGAAGCUCGCUAAAGCUAGCAAGCUAACUUAUUACUUGUAACUUUACCUGCGUUAGCACGGAAGCUAACGUUAGAGCGGUCGCUGCACUAGUCAACCGCUUGAGCUUAUCACACUGAAAGGGGGACAGGGAUAGCACUCGAGGCCUGGUUAACCGGUUUAUUCUGCCUGGUUGACACUCGCAGUCUGGGUUUUAUUCAUACAGAUAGAUAGAUAUUGGUGUUUAGCCAGCUAAGCGUUAGCAUCGCCGCUAAUAACUUAGCCUAUAUGCCACAAUGGAGAGUUUAACCCUGAGCGACGUCGAGCAGAAAUACUACUCGGAUUUGUUUGUGUACUGCGACGUGGACAACACGAAAAAAGUCGCCUCCAACGGCAAGGUGCUGGAGCUGUUCCGGGCGGCCCAGCUUUCCAACGACGUGGUGCUGCAGAUAACAGAGCUGUGCGGUGCGACUCGUCUUGGUCACUUUGGAAGGAGCCAGUUUUACAUCGCUUUGAAACUUAUUGCAAUAGCUCAGUCCGGACUGCCGCUUCGCGUUGAGAGCCUAAACACCGUCAAAGACCUGCCCCUCCCUCGCUUUGUAUUGGCUAAGAACGAACAGGAGGCCAGGCACGCGGCUGUGUACCCGGACGCAGAGAACCAGGGGCCGUACUCCAGUGUGAUCCCCAGACCCCCUGGCCGGGUUCCAACCAAAAAAGUGUCCACGCACGAAGUGAUACAGCCCUGCGCACCCCCUGUCGAUGCCCAGCCAGAUACCACGUCUCCCGUAGUGUCCCCUCACCAGUCUCCGCCCACCUCACCUCCCGCAUGGAGGAAGCACAAGCGCCAAGCCAGUGGUGGCGGCACGGAACGGCAGGCCGUGGUGGCUGGAGCCGGGUGGCCUGCGUUCAGAGAAGCACAAUCAGGUUCAGUAGCAGGUGACGGGAUGUGGUCUGCUCACUCUCCUCCUCCUGUUCAGGAAAACUGGGUCAGUUUUACAGACACUCCUCCCUCCAGCACACUUCCAGCGAUGCAUCCCUCUUCAGCUCAGGAGAGCACAACAGUACGAACAGUUGCAUCUGCUGCUACUACUAACGAGAUCCAAAGACAGGCCAGUGGUUAUGACGACCCCUGGAAAAUCACUGAUGAACAAAGACAGUAUUACAUUAAUCAAUUCAAAACUAUUCAACCUGAUCUCACAGGUUUUAUCCCAGGCUCUGCUGCAAAAGAAUUUUUUACUAAGUCGAAGCUGCCUAUUUUAGAAUUGUCUCACAUUUGGGAGUUAUCGGAUUUCGAUAAAGAUGGUGCACUGACCCUAGACGAGUUCUGUGCAGCGUUUCAUCUCGUGGUUGCCAGAAAGAACGGUUACGACCUUCCUGAGAAGCUUCCGGAGAGCUUAAUGCCAAAGCUUAUUGACCUGGAUGACUCAGCAGGAGUCUCAGAGCCUGCAUCGGAGGUGGGCUUCUCCGGUUCCCCAGUGGAGGUGACGCCUAAUAAGUCUCCCUCCAUGCCUUCCUUAAACCAGAACUGGCCCGAGCUCAACCAGAGCAAUGAGCAGUGGGAGACUUUUAGCGAACGCUCUUCAAGCUCACAAACUCUGACCCAAUUUGAUUCUAACAUUGCACCAGCUGACCCUGACACGGCCAUCGUACAUCCUGUACCCAUCCGUAUGACGCCUAGCAAGAUACACAUGCAGGAGAUGGAGCUGAAGAGGACUGGAAGUGACCAUACACAUCCAACAAGUCCAUUAAUCGCUAAACCUCCUGAACUCUCAGAGGAGAAAAAGCUAGCAGCAAUUAAAUUCUCUGGCAGCGCUGUAGGUGACGGGUAUAGCAGCUCUGAUUCGUUUACAUCAGAUCAAGAGCCUAUUUCAUGUGCUGCAACCAGACAGAGGUCUUACUCCGGGACCUCUCCUGAAGGUCUGAAGGUCGUGGCCCCUCCCCCUCCUCCUCCCCGCCCUCAAGCUCAUUCACGCUCUUCCUCUCUAGACAUGAACCGGAACUUUGCGACCGUCACUGCAGGGGCUCAGCCGCAAGCUGGAGUGGUGGCUUUUCCUCCUGCAGUGCCUCCUCGGCCACUGGCUACACAGACAUCAGUCCCACACGGGCACCGUUCAGUAGAUGGUGAUGGUCUUCCAGCACAUUCUAGCACUUCGCCGCAGCAGAUACCUGAACAGCCCAACUUUGCAGAUUUCAGCCAGUUCCAGGCGUUUGCUGUGGAGCAGCCGGCAGAUGAAGGCGAGAAACAGCAGGAAACUGGACAGGUAGAGAAAUGUGCAGAGACUGCUGUACCUAUAAGAGCAGUGAAGAAUGAAACUCAGCCGGAGGAACGGCCUGCGACCACUGUGAACUCUGCCAAAGGAUCGACUCCGCUGGCCCCUCCUCCCAAACCUGUCCGGCGAAGACUGAAGUCCGAAGAUGAGCUCAGACCUGAAGAAGAGCACCCUCAAAAGUCUAACAUUGUUGCCACUGUACUUGCCACGCAACCUUCUAUACAACGGUCUGUUGGAAAGGAUAAAAAGGCAAUCCAAGCUUCCAUUAGAAGAAACAAAGAGACGAACACGGUCCUGGCCAGACUCAACAGUGAAUUACAGCAGCAGUUAAAGGACUUGUUAGAGGAAAGGAUAUCGUUGGAAGUUCAACUGGAGCAGCUGAGACCUUUCUCCCAUUUGUAAGAGUGUGAAAAACAACAACAAAAAAAAAAAGUCAUGAAAAGCGACAGGAAAGGUUUGACAGAUCCUCCGGGAGGACGCUCAUGUCGGCACUCUUCCUGCUCCUCGUCUGGCUGUAUGAGGAAAGACUCUGCUGCUUCCUCCAUAACGCUCUCACACACCCCAUCCUGCUCUGUUAGAGAGACUGUCCUCACAGCCGGGGGGUAGGAAAAUGUAACAUUUUGGCACUUUGAAGAAGCAGGGUGUGAGUUAAAUAGAAAUGUCAGUCCUCUGCCUGUGCAGCACACGGUUUGCUCUGCUAUCAUGGGAGUAUAUGUUCCUGGAGGUUGAUGGGAAGGUGAUGACGCCCCCCGGCAGAUGUGGGCUGAUAAUCAUGCGAGUGCAGGGGAGGACCGAUUAUUUUGGGGGAGAUCACGCUCUGUUUUAGAAGUACGUUCAAGAAUGAUUGCUAGACACUCGUUCAUGUUCUUGUAAGCUCCCAAACAUGCCCUUGGCCAACACCAAUAUACGUGUUUGUGUGCGCACGUGUGUGUGUGUGUAUGUAUGUGUGAGUGAUGGUUAAUAAAUAUAAGGCGUAUAAACACAGAGUUUCUCAGCUCCGGCCCUAAAGGUUACUGCUCAGCAUAUGAUGAUGAUAAUGAUGAUUAAAGAUGUGUGUGUCAGCAGAGUGUAAAAUGUCGCCAUGAGUGGAGUUGAGAAACACUGGAAUAAUGCAUCCAAGUCCGCUCUGUUUUCUUCUUUUAACAUCUGUGGUAGUAUAAUGUUUUUCUACCUUGUACAGUCAUUGACCCUGUAUAACGGAUCUUUUCUUUUCACGACUCCCGCACUCAUAAAAGCAUUUCCUGUAUGGCACAGAACCCGAGUGAAUCGUUUUUUUUCCUGUUCCAUCAGAACAAAAAAGAGAGAGCGACCUGAAACUGCACUUUCUUCCUUUCUGGCUUUCCUUUGUUUGUCUGUAUUUUACCCUGUACACUGUGCAUGUCGUUCCUAUUCUUAUUUGAUCUAAAACAGCUCUUAAAAUCCAACCACUUGAUUUGUACGUCUAUUAUCUUAACUAAUACUAGAGUUUUACAUACUUUCUCAAACUUAAUGUCCUAAGUGUUGAGUUAGUUUCUCGUUCUGUUUAUCCCUCCCCCCUUCCCCAAAGCUUUGCUCCUUUCAUUCAGGAUUUUACACUAAUAUCUACUACCCCCCAAAUGUUGAAUCAGUGUGAGCCCUUUUUUUUUCCUCCUGCUGUUCAGGUCAAUGUACUGUAUAAGGGGUUUGUUGUAUAUUGUAUGAUACACACCUUUUGAUCUCAUAUGUAAAUUUGCAUUAAUUGCUGACUAAUAGCAAAUAUUCUAUUUAAUUGCUUAUAUUAUGGCUGUGGGAUCAUAGAUGUUUAACUGCAUGGAUGUAUCUCUGCAGAAUGAACUAGCAGCUGUGUGAUUUUUACACAAAAUAAAAAUGGCACAAUAUUUUAAUAA